UUUUUUUUUUUUUUUUUAGUCAACGAGCAGCUAGCAGCCAGCUAGCUCCACCGUGCGCUACCUGUGCUGAUAAUGGCACCGCCCAAGAAGGGGAAGAAAGUGGUGAAUCAAGAGGAGCUGCGGCGCUUGAUGCGAGAAAAACAAAGGCAGACGACGGAUAAGAAGCGCGUCGAGUCUCCGUUCGCUAAGUACAACAGUCUGGGCCACCUCAGCUGCGUGCUGUGCGGGGUGCAGGUGAAGUCCGAGCUGCUGUGGCCGGCUCAUGUUCUCGGGAAACAGCAUAAAGAGAAGGUAGCUGAGCUGAAGGGGGCGAAGAGUCAACCAGCGGCUCCACAGAACCAGCCGGUGAAGAGGAAAGCGCCGGACAGCGAGGACGUCAACGGGAAGAAAGCGAAACCAGCGGCGGUCGCGGGGCAGUCUGCGUCAGGGCUGCCCGGGGAUUUCUUUGAGCGACCCGGAGAGAAGGCAGCUGGUUCUGCUCACAAGUCUGCAGGUUUGAGUCUCUUGGCUGGAGUCUAUGAUGAUGAUGAUGAUGAUGAAACGGAUGCUGGAGAGGCAGCUCAAGCAGGGACCUCAAACCCUCCUCCUCCAAAGGCGGAAGCUGCAGGGCUGCCAGCGGACUUCUUUGACAGCUCCAUCCCAUCCACACCCACCAACUCCCACUCUGGGUCCAUCCUCAAACCAGAAGUGACGGAGAAGAGCGCAGACAAGAAGGACAACACAGCCGAGGCGCUGCCGGAGGGCUUCUUCGACGACCCGGUGAGAGAUGCCAAAGUGCGCAAAGUGGAGGCGCCCCAAGAUCAGAUGGACAAGGAGUGGGAAGAGUUUCAGAAGGAGAUUAGACAGGUGAACACUAAAUCAGACGCGAUUGUAGCUGAGGAUGACGAGGAGGGACGCCUUGAGCGUCAGAUCGACGAAAUCGAUGAACAAAUUGAGUGUUACAAGAGGGUUGAGCUGCUGAGGGACAAGCGAGAUGUAGUGAAAAACCAACCUCUGUCAAGGAGGGAGGAACAAAUGGAGACUGAUGACAUGACUGUAGAGGAAGAGGAGGAUGAAGAGGAGCUGCUGGGGCUACUGUCCCGUGACUGGAGGGCUAAGGGGGCACUGGCAUAAAGUUCUGUGAAACAAUAUUUUCAAAGUAUUUGAAAGGUAUUUUCUUGUAAAAGUUAUAAAUCUGUAAAUAUGUUUGUUAAUGGA